CCGGGCUUGCGAUCGGGCCGUUCCGGCUUCGGACCCCGGGGUGCGCGUGCGCGGCAGAGCCAACGCGCUGCUGGCGUCCCCCGGGAGCAAUGGCUAGCAAGAGCUUGGCGUCCCGCUUCGGGGCCUCGCGGCGGUUUCUGAACGGCUUCUUGGCCGGGGCCGUGGUGGGCGCCGCGGGAGCGGGGCUGACGGCGCUGCAGUUCCUCCGGCGUCGGGACGCGACGGAGCCGGAGCCGCACGAACCUGCAGAAAAAGUUGCCUUGGAACAAUUUGGAUUUCCUUUAGCUGGGAUGGAGACCAGACUUUACACUAAUCAUGCCUUGUCUUACGAUCAGGAGAAGCGGGUGCCCAGAUGGGUCCUUGAACACAUAUCCAAGGACAAGAUCAUAGGUGACGCGGACAGAAAACAUUGUAAAUUCAAGCCUGACCCCAGUGUCCCUUCUGCCUUCAGUGCCCUCAAUGAGGACUACAUUGGAAGUGGCUGGUCGCGAGGACACAUGGCCCCAGCAGGAAAUAACAAGUUUUCCAGUAAAGCCAUGGCGGAAACCUUUUACCUUUCUAAUAUUGUGCCUCAGGAUUUCGAUAAUAAUUCUGGCUACUGGAAUAGAAUAGAAAUGUAUUGUCGUGAGCUGACGGAGAGAUUUGAAGACAUUUGGAUAGUAUCGGGACCCUUAACCUUACCUCAUACUGGAAGCGAUGGGAAGAAAGCAGUUAGUUACCAGGUGAUCGGUGAGGACAAUGUGGCGGUCCCCUCACAUCUUUACAAGGUGAUUCUGGCCCGCAGGAGCCCGGAAUCUACUGAACCGCUGGCACUGGGGGCCUUUGUGGUGCCAAACACAGCCAUUGGGUUCCAGUCCCAGUUAACUGAGUUCCAGGUGAGCCUCCAGGACCUAGAGAAGAUGUCAGGUCUGGUGUUUUUUCCCCAUUUGGACAGAGCCAGCAACAUCCGGAAUAUUUGCUCUGUGGACACCUGUAAGCUCCUGGGUUUCGAGGAGUUCACUCUGUACCUGAGCACGAGGAAGAUUGACGGAGCCCGGUCCGUGGCCAGACUGGAGAAGGUCCUGGAAACACUGAAGAGCUCAGGGGUGGAGCCUGACGAUUACUUCCUGUCUCGCUAUGGGAAGAAGCUGGAGGAACUGAAAGCCAAGGAGCAGGCAGACGCCCAGCGGGAAAAGCUGUCCUAGUGUGGGUGUGUGCUGCGCACCCGCGAUGAGCAGGCGCGCCCUCUCCUGACGGCUGCGUUUUAGUGGAUUUCUUUUCAAGAAACGAUGGGAUCCUGACUAAAAAUCUCUCCAGAGACUUGCUAACUCAAAACCCAGUAUUGUUUUCUUUCGCUAGGAUCCGGUGAUGGAGACGGCUUUUAGAAUUCCUCUCUUAUCCUGCCCUGGGUGACGUACUUCUUGCUUCUCCUCUCAUGACCCUGACGUCCUCCCAUCUGUCUGUGCUGAAGCUUUUCCUCAUGUGCUCUGUGCGCAGUGCUUGGCUGUAGCGUCAGACAGUGAGCCUCUGUGCAAAGUCCCAGGGUUCCCAUCUUACACGUGGGGACGCUGAGGUGUAGAGCACUGUGUGUGUUCCCCGUUGGUGCUCUGCAGAGCUAAGACAAGGUUGGGUGGGGUUUGACUCCAGUAUAUUUCUAUGUCCGUGUGUAUUUGUGGCCCUGCGCUCCGCUUGCUGGGAAGGCUCUGUCUCUUUGCUGUGUCCUUGGGCAGAGACACUUUGAUACCUGAGUCGGGAAGACUAGAGCAAGGAUGGCGGUACUUCUGGGUCUAACCAGAGCCUGCGAUUCCCUCCAGGGACCACAUGGGGUCAGAUAAGUGUUUCUUCCUUCCCUUGGGGCGUGCUAAAGGAGCCCAAGAAAGGUGUGUGCCGAGCCACCAGGUACCUGAGCUUCUGUCGUCUGCCAGGCCGUACACCACAGGUGGGUAGAGCCUGGGCCGCUCCUGUGGGCAAGAGCAGCUGUCUCCUGUCUUCCUGUGCUGACAUCGCAGAGGCUCACAGAGGCUUGAGCUAUCCUUAGUGUACACGGUGUGGUGGCUUCCAGGCAGGACUUGUCUGAAUCUGUCACUCCACUGCUGUCUUCCAAGCAGCGGAGUGAGGGCGGUCUUUGAGGGGUUGUGUGUGCCUCUGAUAGCAACGAGAUGGCUUUUACAAUAAACGUGAGGCGGUGUUUG